AUGUCUUCGCAAAACAACACCAUCACCGAUCAAAAUAUCGACCGUGGAUCAUUGGGUGAAGAUCAAAUCGAUAUCGAGCAGCCGGAUAAUUUGGCAGAAUCUACUGAUGAAUGUGAGUUUAAUAAUUUUCAAAACAUCUGAAACAUUUUCGAAUUUUCAGAUGAACUUCUACGCUACCUUAUGAAACAUUUCGAUAAAUAUUCUAAAUUAACAAAGGAUCCCGCUUUUGAAAUGGGUGAGUUUGAGAAAAAACUUGUAUCACACAGAGAUCAUCUGAAAUUUUCAGCAAUCAAAAUAUUGUCAACAUUCGAUCAAAUGAUAAAAUCAACAUCAGAAGCUGGUAAAAUUGAUGGAAAAGGUGCUAAAUAUUCAUCUCGUGGAAUCGCACAAAUCAUUGACAAAUUGGUGAAGGACAAUAUUUUCAAUUUUCCAAAUUUGGAAAACAUGUAUUUCCGAGAUGAAGUUUUGGAGAAUCCGGAAUCGAAUUCAAGCAUAAUACCGGAAGAAGGUGAAGAAAUUUUGGAGGAACAAGAUGCUCCAGAACAUGUUGUUUUUCGUGAUGCCGCAACUUGUGAGAAACAAGGUAUCGACUUUUUUGGCGAAAAAAACAAUUUUGGGAUUCCACCGGAAAUUCAAGUGAUGAAUGUGAGUUUUGCGGGAUCGUCACGAAUAGAAAAAAUAAAUUUUACAGGGAUAUGAGGACUCACCGGUUUCAUCAAGAUGUUGUCACCAGAAUGAUAAAGAUUUCGAAGCUCAAAGAAAACGCAAGGAAAUUCUAAGAAAUGUUAGUUUAAAUCUUGGGUUACUGUAUUUUAUGUAUUAAACAUAUUCGGAUUCUUCAGAGAUUUUUUUUAUUCCAGAAAGUUUUGAAAUCUGAUAAUAAUUAUUUUUCAGAUGUACGGGAGACUGUCAACGUAUCAAAAAAGACGCAAGAGUCAAGAAAAUCGAGAAUUGGAAUAUUACGAACAACUUCAAACAUCAAUGUUCAUUCAUUCCGAAUAUUAUCAAAAUACCUAUUCUGGAAACCAUGAUUGCAUCGAAUCUCGACCGAGUUCGAGUGGUCAUAAUCUUGGCGCAACGGCGUGUAGUUCCGAUAUGGAAAUCGAAACAGAUGAAGAUGAAAGAGAAGAUGGAGAACUUCGUGAUACACCAUCACCAGUGAGUUUGAUUUUGAAGUUCUUGUCAUUUUCCAAGAAACAAAAUAUAUAUUUCAGCAAACAGUUUUGUGUGUUCAAAACCAAAUCGUUGACAUUUGA